AUGGUCGGCAGGCCCACUGCCUUCUUCUGGGGUGUGUCAGUUCUCACGGCAGCCGGCAUCUACGCCAUCCACCUCACCCAGCUGGAAGAGCGAGAGAAGCUGCACAAAGGCGUGAUUAGGGAUGAGGCGAUGUACAAGACAAAGAAGCAGCAGCUGCUAGCGGGGCAGCUGCGGCCGGCAGAAGGCAGCGGCCGAUAG